AUGUUUUGCAGGAGUUUUGUCGUCCUCGUGAGGGUGCACUCCCCACGCGGGCUGCCGUUCCAGCUGGGCGCCGACGACGCGAUUGCGCGAGUGCGGCAGAAGUACGGCAGCCGUUGGUUCGGUGCCUCGCAAGAGUUCCUGCAACUCCACCCCGCCUCCGCCGAGUUUAUCCCCUUCUACUAUUGUCAGGGCACAAUCACCGGUACCUUCCGCGGUAUCAUCAGCUAUAGCGAAAACACAACGGACAUAAAUGGAAAGGCAACAAGCAGUACACGCGAAACAACAACAGCACUGCAGCCAUUGAACAGCGUAUUUUCGUCAAACCGGACACAGAUUUACGCAGGUUACAAGUAUAACAUACACCAUGUCCACACAGCGUUACGCCACGAAGAAAACCCGCUGCAUCUGCGCAAGAUGCGGUUUGUGGACACCACGAAUGCGACCAUUAACCUCUUUGAGCAGUCCACCAAUACAUUGAACGUGUUCGUCAAUGAGGAAGUGAGACGGCAGGCGGAGGAGACGGCGCGGGCGAUGGUUCGCUCGUAUCACCCUGGGGCCUCAACCAUUAGAGUAGAUUUUACUGACUUGCAGAUACGAUUGGAAAACGUUACGCCCGUCUUUGUGUCGUGCUACGUGGUGAAGGCACAGUAUGAUGGGCAGAUGUACACAUUGUACGUCAGUGGCGCCAAUGGCACAGUCAGUGGGCCUUUUCUCAUCAACUCCUUGUACGUUGGGCGCCUCGCUGCGGUCGGUGCGGUGGGCCUCUCAGUGCUUCUCUGGCCUAAUAAGGUGGCGGGACUUGCUUUCGGUUCCCUGUUAUCAGUGCCGGUGUACUACGCUGCAUUUUAUGCGGCAAAGUUCUUCCCCUCGCACAGCCGCGACUACUACCGCACGCAGCGGCGGCGCAUGCGUUCGAAACACGAGGACGCGGACCGAAGCGGCUUCCGCCCCGGCGUCGACUCACACCGCAUCGACGAGGAAUAUCGGCGCUCGUCCUACUGGGACACGCACAUGUUCCAGCAGGGCACGCACGGUGGCAGUGGCGGAACGGUGAAGGACCCACGCGGCUACUACGCGGCGCUCGGCCUCAGUGGGACGGAAUCGGUGAACGAAAUCCGCUCCGCGUACCGCAGGUUUGUACUCGUGGAGCACCCAGACGCCGGUGGGUCGACGGAGCGCAUGGCGAAGUUGAACGAGGCGUAUCGCGUCCUGCGCGACCCGAAGCGGCGGGCAGAGUACGACCAGUCUGCCUGA